CCCGUAAUGCAGUGCAGGAAGUAUGUUCAAUGUGUUAUGGCUGGUCCUUGCGUUGACGUGAGUGGGAUUCGGGGUGUCUUAUGUGAUACUCUAACCCCGCUGGGUUUUGAAGUUUACCCUUUCAAGAUUGGUUGGUACAACGCAGUGCUCUCCUCUUCGCUCCACCUUCCGUACUCCGAUGAUACGCUGGCGGUGGUGGUGUUGAGCACGCCGUCCAUGUUUGAGCGUGCCUUCCGACCAUUCCUAGAAAGUGGCAGCUGCGUGGGAGUCAACGACCCUAUUGACCAGUGUAUCAGACACUGUAUAAGUACCUGUGUUUCUCAGUGUUUCCCAGGUCAGGAGGUGAAUGUCAGCUACGACUACGAGGUGUUGCCGAACCGGAAGCCUAAGUUCCUGGCACAGACCGCUGCGCAUGUGGCCGGCGCCGCGUACUAUUACCAGCGUGCAGACGUUGCCGCGGACCCUUGGGGAGAGAAGAAGAUGUUUGGGGUGUGCAUCCACCCCAAGUUCGGCGGAUGGUUCGCCAUAAGGGCCCUGCUGGUGUUCCCGGGCGCGCCGGUGGGCGAGGAGCUGCAGCAGAGGCCUCCCCCCGACUGCGUGCCCUCCCAGGAGGCCAGAGUGGAGCUGCUGGAGAGGUUCAACUUCCGCUGGCAGGACUGGAGCUACAGAGACAUCGUCCCCGCGGCGGAGCGCUACUCCCAGGACCAGCGGACGUACUUCUCCACGCCUCCAGGCCAGCGGGCGACGCUCCUCGGGCAGUGGGGGCUGUUUUCAGCGGAGGACAGUGGCGCACAAGCCAAGAACUGAAGAAUGAGAACAAUGAGAGCUGAUACUUUAUGGAAGUCAUUUACAUGCUGAACAUGCUGGAAACACUACUUUCAGAGGCUGCAAAUUCUGCCCUGGCACUUAUGACAAUGAAUGUAUGUGUGUACAUUUUGCAAAUGUGAAAUAAUGAAGACCAAUAAACGUAAACUGACAUCUUUAUACACACACACACACACACACACACACACACACAAGGGGAAGGGGCUAAUAACUGUUUGGGUGCUGCGUCAUUUUCUUGUGUCAAACAUAAUUUGACAAAAUGUAUUAUUGUGUAUCAUAUAUGAGUUCAUGUUAUUUGAUUAAAAAGCAGGAAGAACUACAAACAUUUAGAAAAUUGUCUCCUGGGGAUAGCCAGGUGUAUGUCUUAGUUUUUUUGCUACUCAAUACAAUAUGUGAAAGUCAUGAGUGUUUGGUAUAAAAAUGGGAUAACCAAAUAAAACAGCUUCCAUGUUA